AUAAAAUAAAAUAAAAAUAAAUAAAAAAUACCCAGAAAAAUAAUAAAAAUAACAAAAUAACGGAAAUCAAGAAAAUUGAAAAACGAACACUCCUCCUCCUUUUCCGCUUUCCUUUGCCAUCUUACCAUCCUUCUCUCUCUAUUCCCUCUCUCUCUCUCUCAAUUCAAACCUUUUGUUUUCAUUUUGCUUCAACAACAAGAAGAAGAAGCUUAUCAUUCAAAUCAAUUUGUCAUCAAUGGAGACAGAGAAAGACAAACACCUUACUGAAAAAUCCUCUAGCUUUGCCUCCAAAGACUCCAAACAAUCCGACUCCGAGCACGAUCACGAUCACGAUCCUAAGUCCAGACCCGACCCUGACCAAGAACACGAACCAGAAAAAGGCACUGACGAUUCCACACCCUCUGAUUCUGAACCACCACCCAAAGAAGACGACCCAAAUUCAGAAAAAACUGAGGUGGAUAACAAAGAAGAUGAGGCCACUGAAGAAGAAUCCCCCCCUCCUCCUGAUUUUGAUAAAGUCUGCGAAGAGAUUGAUCAAUUCAUCUCUACUUUGUCAAGAGCCAAAAGCGGUGAUGAUGAAGAAUCUAAUCCCCCGGAUGUACCCCAUGUCAUGGACCAAUUUGCAUUUCUUGUCGAGGCAAAUAUCGCAAAUUACGAUCCAAGCGAGAGAUCCAUGAAAUGGAGUCACCUUUCCGAGGCGGAUUCUUCAUUGUUCUUCGAAUCCGUUGAUCGAAUCUCGAAGCUGACGAACAUUCUCAGAAAAUUCUCAUCUGAUUCCAAGUAUGCUGAGGUGAUCAAUCGCAUUGGCGGUAUUCUUCAACGAGCAAUGUCGUAUUUGGAAGACGAAUUCAGAUCACUUCUCGAAGAUUCAAAGGCUCCUGAUUCUUCUGAUCAAAACAAUGACUCAAAAACAUCAAAUCAAGAAGCAGAUCAACCCUCACCUGAGGAGUCUAACUCUGCUGCUGAGAGCAGCAAUUUUCCGGGAUACUCAGAGGAGGUCAUGUUGAAUCUGAAUCGAUUAGCCAAAUUGAUGGCAAUGGGAGGCUACGAGGCAGAGUGUUUUCAAGUUUAUUUUAUAGCCAGAAGGACUAUAUUGGAAGCGACCUUGCAUAAGCUAGGGUUUGAGAAGUUCAGCAUCGACGACAUUCAAAAGAUGCAAUGGGAGCCAUUGGAGAGAGAGAUCGAUUCCUGGAACAAAACGGUUAAGGAAUUCGUCACCGUGCACUUCACUGGUGAACGUAAGCUUUCCGAGGCGGUUUUCUCUGACGACAAAUUGAUCACUGAUGUCAUCUUUGGAAACCUAUCUCGAAGCAUUAUGAUGCAACUUCUCAAUUUUGCCGAAGCAAUCGCAAUGACAAAGCGUUCGUCAGAGAAGUUGUUCAAAUUUCUCGACAUAUACGAGAGCCUACGUGAUGUGAUUCCAAGCAUGGGUGAUUUGUUACCUAGAGAAAUUGCGAAUGAGCUCAAAUCUGAAGCAAUGUUGACUCGUUGCCGACUUGGUGAGGCAAUGGUUUGCAUUUUCUGCGAACUGGAGAACUCGAUCAAGGCAGACAUAGGAAAGACUCCGGUUCCUGGCGGUGCGGUUCAUCCCCUAACUCGCUACACCUUGAAUUAUCUAAAAUACGCAUGCGAGUUCAAGGAAACCCUAGAGCAAGUCUUCAGGGAGCACCAAAAGAUCGAUCAGACCGACUCGACCACAGGACCAGACUACGAUAACACUAAUGCUGCACGUGGCGGGAACAAUCACAACAGCAACAACAAUAACAACGAGACUUUAAAGCAAUCGCCAUUUGCGAAACAGAUAAGCAAAGUGAUGGAUUUACUUGAUACGAAUCUGGAGACGAAAUCGAAGCUUUACAAGGACACUUCGUUGAGCUCGAUUUUCAUGAUGAACAAUGGGAGGUACAUUUUGCAGAAGACCAAGGGGUCCCCAGAGAUACACAGCUUGAUGGGUGACACGUGGUCAAGGAAGAGAUCGUCGGAUCUGAGGAACUAUCACAAGACAUACCAACGCGAAACAUGGGGUAGGCUUUUGAAUUGCUUGAACCAUGAGGGAUUGAAUGUGAAUGGGAAGGUGGUGAAGCCGGUGUUGAAAGAGAAGUUCAAGAGCUUCAACACCAUGUUCGAUGAGAUACAUAAGAUGCAGAGCAUUUGGGUGGUUAGCGACGAGCAGCUUCAAUCGGAGCUUAGAGUUUCGAUAUCAGCGGUGGUGAUACCAGCUUACCGGUCAUUCUUGGCAAGGUUCAGUCAGCAUUUUACUCCGGGAAGACAAACGGAAAAGUACAUAAAAUACCAGCCCGAAGAUAUAGAGACGCAUAUUGAUGAGCUAUUUGAUGGGAAUGCAACGCCUACGGGGAGGAGGAGACCAUAACCAUGCAAAGGGCACGUAGCAUUUUGAUACCAAUCAGUUCUGCUACAGGCAUAAAAAUCAAUCAUAGAAUUAAAUACAAAACAUUAAUGAAUGGACAAAAUCUUACUUAAUUUGUUAGUGAGGUCCAUUUUUUAAAUUUUUAUAUGUCUAUAUACUACAUUCUGUAUUCGAUUAUGUGACUGGUUUUUGUGUUCGUAGAUUUAUUUGAUGGAAGUGAAACAGAAGAGGCAAAAGUUCAUGGAAAGGGCAACUACAGAGACCAAAUUGAAACAAUAGUCCAAGCCAUGCAUGUUAUUAGUACCGCAUUGUCAUUAUUGUAUAAAUGAAAUUAAUUUGGUCAUUAUUGUAAGAAGGGUUGAAUUCAUACUUUUUUUUCUUUUUUGGGGCUGAGGCACCCUUGAGUAGCAAGCACCACACUCCAUAUGCGGUGUGUUGCACUGUUUACAUGUAUUUUUUGAUUGGGAUUUUGUUUGUUAUCUUGCAUUGAUUUGAUACCCAUCACUA